UGCCCAGGGCCAUUGUCCCCGCCCGGCCGCGAAAUCCCGAUUCCACGCUUAGGAGCUGCUUGAAAGAGCCUCGCUCUCCCAGACCUGCAAAAGAGCAGCUCCCCAUGUCGUUCAUUGAAAAUAUGGAAAGGGCAAUGCAUAUAGAAAUCUAAUUAUUGGCAGGCACAGCCCGGCUUUUAGCAUGAUAAUCGUGGGCCCCGGAGCUUUCUUGUGCACGGACCCCGAAAGAUAAUCAUGAAAACAAAAGUUAAAACUAUUGAAUUUCCAUCACUCACUCAAAAGUUCGCUUUGAUUAUGUUGACACGAUUUUUGUUUGUCCCUACGCGGCGACGAGAAACUGUUAUUAAUCACUUCUAAAUAUUUCAAAGACAAAGGGGGCUGCCCGGCCCGGGGGACGGAGAGGGGAUGAUGAUGGGAUGAAGGCUGAUGGCGGGGUGUCCCCCGCCUGUGCUGGGGGGUUCUCCCCGAGCUGGCGGGGCGGGGGGAAGGGGGUCGGUGACGGGCUCGGCCGACACCCCCAGCCCACCCCCUUCCCUCCCGCCGCCCUUAUAGCCCGGCCCGCGCCCGGGCGCUGCCGGCAGCCCAUGGCCACGGUGCGGGGCUCGCCCGGGCUCCCGGCCCUGCUGCGGCUGCUGCUGCUGCUCGGGGCGGGCGGGUCGCGGCCGGGCACCGCCGAUCGCUGCAGCUGGAGGGGCAGCGGUUUGAGCCGGGAGCCGCGUUCCCGCGCCGUGGAGCAGGUCCAUCUGCGCUGCACCGAGGGCUCCCUGGAAUGGAUGUACCCGACGCGAGCCCUGCGAGUGGUCCUGGAGCCCAACCUGUCCAGUGCCCAGCACACCACCGUCUGCAUCAAGCCCGCCAGCGACUUCCAGGGCGCCAACAUCUACGUGGAGCGCGCUGGGCAGCUGCACCUGGUGCUGAGCGAGGCCGAAGGGGCUCGGCCCCACCACGUGUCCUGUUUCAGUGCCCACAGGCCGCAGCGAGUGGCCCUGUUCCUGCAGGCCAGCCCGCAGAGGGACAUCAGCCGCCGCACCGCCAGCUUCCAGUACGAGCUGCUGAGCAACCAGAGCACGGCCGGCCCCGACUUCAAAAAGAUGGCCCUGGUGGAAGCUAUGUGCCGUCCUUGUGACAACGUGGAACUUCUUAUGGCCAUUUGCAGCAGUGAUUUCGUGGUGAAGGGAUCCAUCCGAAACGUUUCCCACGACUCAGAGAACCACAUGUCCCGGGUGGAUGUCAGUGUCCAGAGAGUCUACAGGCAGAAGAACAGGAUUUUCCAGCAGGAUGAAGGGAGUGGGGAGUGGAGAGGCCCAAUCCGAACCCUGCUGCAGUGCAAGGUGAAGAAGGGAGGUGGAGAUUUCCUCUUCACUGGGAAUGAACACUUUGGGGAAGCCUGGCUGGGCUGUGCCCCUCGCUUUAAGGAUUUCAUGUUUGUUUAUCGAGCUGCCAGAGAAAGAGGAGCCAACCCCUGCGAGUUUGAGCUCAACUGACAAACAGAGACACUGUUGUUGAGAGCUCAGUUUUCAGAUACUGAACCUGCAGCAGAGCUAAGACCCAGGACUGAAGCUGACAAUUCCACCCAAACUGGGAGCUGGAGAAUUCCCUGAGGAUAAUGGCUCUGUGAGCCCUGUGAACUCUUUUAAUGCUCAUUAGUUUCUCCUUCUUCAAAUUGUCAUUGUCUCACAAAAUAACUGUGAAUUUUGAAAAGAUUGUCUUUUUGGGGGAUUAGAAAGCAGCUUGUGCCCAGGAUUACAAAAUUCUAAAAUGUUUCGCUCUGUCUACAUGCAAUGUGCUUUUCCUCCAGAUAUUUUUCUCCUCCCCAAUCUCUACUUGAUUUCUUUUCCUUUACAGGCAAAUGUGGAAACUCUCUCUAAGCUGGGGGAGUAGGAAACUACCCUUGAGGGAAAAAAAAAAAGAAAAAAUCCCCAAGAACUACUUCCUUUUUAAAAUGGAACAUAGGUGCUGUAAAAAGUAGGUUUUCUUUUCUUACACUGAAAGACACUAAGGAGCUUAAUAUAAGCACAGACAAAAUACAACUAACUUGACUUCUGAAAGUUCUGUUGAACUGAUUUAGAAUCAAGAAUUGCUCAUGAUGGUGUUUUCACCUAAAUUAUCUGCCUCUUUUCAAUUAGCUUUCAUUAUUUGAACCGUGGCUCCUCCCACCCUCCCUCAGUGCUUUGGCCAGGCUCCCAUAAUUGCCUGUAUUUUAUGUAAAUGGAAUUGCUACACCGUAAAAUGAUAUACAAAUGUGUCUACCACAUAGAGCCCAAUAAAUGGUGUGAAUAAACCCAUUAUUUCCCGUGUAACAGCAUCUGAUUGCAGCCUGGGAAACAUGGGGCUGACAGAUGUGAGCCCCUGACAAGGCCUGCAAAAAUCUGAAUGAGGAGCCCUCUGACAGGCCACAAUUAAUUGACUUUUGAAAUGACUCCUUUUUUUUUUUUUUCCACAGUUCUACUUGGCUGAGCAAGAUUCACAAAUUGCUGUCUUGAACUUUUUAAUGGGACAAAAUAGCUGCCAAUGAAAGUCUAAAUGACAUGAACUUUGAAUGGGAGUCGUACAAUGGCCACGCCGUGACAUGUUUUUAACUGACAUAUUGAUUAUUUGAGAAGUAGCAGCCACUUAA